AGUGUGGAGAGAUCCUUGCGCGGGCCGGCAGAGGAGGAGGAGGCGGUGGCGCCAUUUUGUGCUGUUCUCGGAGCCUGUAACGGAAGCGGGGAAGAGGCUUCGUCCGAGCCGCUAGCUUUUUCUGCUGUCUUUGAACAGCCCGUUUGUUUUGUCAGUGUUACCGUCGUACCCGCUUUAUCGGCUUAGCUUUCUGGUUUCUUCUUCUGAGGUCAUGGCGGAUGUGGACAAACUGAAUAUCGACAGCAUCAUCCAGCGGCUGCUAGAAGUGAGAGGAUCAAAGCCCGGGAAGAACGUCCAGCUCCAAGAAAAUGAAAUUAGAGGUUUAUGCUUGAAGUCUCGAGAAAUAUUCCUCAGUCAGCCAAUUUUGCUUGAGCUUGAAGCACCUCUUAAGAUCUGCGGUGAUAUCCAUGGGCAGUACUAUGAUUUGCUCCGACUCUUUGAAUAUGGUGGAUUUCCCCCUGAAAGCAACUACCUAUUUCUUGGUGACUAUGUGGAUCGAGGGAAACAGUCUUUGGAAACUAUAUGUCUCCUCUUGGCAUAUAAAAUAAAAUAUCCAGAAAAUUUCUUCCUCCUUCGAGGCAAUCAUGAGUGUGCCAGCAUUAACAGAAUCUAUGGAUUUUAUGAUGAAUGUAAAAGAAGGUAUAAUAUAAAAUUAUGGAAGACCUUUACAGAUUGCUUCAAUUGCUUGCCAAUAGCAGCAAUAGUAGAUGAGAAGAUUUUCUGCUGUCAUGGAGGUUUAUCCCCAGACCUUCAAUCAAUGGAGCAAAUUAGGAGAAUUAUGCGCCCCACUGAUGUUCCCGACCAGGGUCUGUUGUGUGACUUGCUGUGGUCAGAUCCUGAUAAAGAUGUUUUAGGUUGGGGUGAAAAUGACAGAGGUGUGUCCUUCACAUUUGGAGCAGAAGUUGUGGCAAAAUUUCUUCACAAACAUGACUUGGAUCUCAUUUGUCGAGCUCAUCAGGUUGUUGAAGAUGGAUAUGAGUUUUUUGCAAAAAGACAACUGGUAACGCUUUUCUCUGCCCCAAACUAUUGUGGAGAGUUUGACAAUGCUGGAGCAAUGAUGAGUGUAGAUGAAACUUUAAUGUGCUCUUUCCAGAUUCUAAAACCUGCAGAGAAAAAGAAGCCCAAUGCAAGCAGACCUGUAACACCACCUCGAGGCAUGAUAACGAAGCAGGCAAAGAAAUGAGUGUCCUUCUCUCCUUGGACUUGUAUUAUAGUAUAUAAUCACUUUUUUUUUAUUUUAAAUUGUGUAAUGUGUACUGGUCCGCUUCAUCCAUCUAGAUGUUGGUGGCUUCUUUUCUCAACUUUGUUUUGUUUCCUUUUUAAUGGAUUGUAUUUGCUACAGCGUUCACUAUUUUUGUCUUUUCUUUCAGUCUGAAAGCACAUACUGUUUUGCUCCUAAAAUGGUUUCCUUUAUGCUAGUGUUACCGUACACUCCAGGUCUCUAUCUUCAUGUAGCUUUGUACAAUUCAGAUUAACUGUAAAUGCUUGUUUACUACUUUAGUACAUAAGAGGGCACUCAAUGGCUGGUGAGACGAGGAAUGUCACUGCUAUAAAUGACAUUGUUUAUACAAACCACUGUGAAGACUUUUUUUUUUAUUUUUACUUGAUUUAAAGGGAUAUUCUUUUAAAGUCAUGUCCACAAUUGUAUAGCCAUUUUCAAUAUUAGACCUCCUCUGACUUUCCAACAUCACUGGUUUGAUGUAUAUUUAAUUAAAGCACAUUUUCCCGUACUGUAUUCUUUAACUGAAAUUAAAGCCAUUAUUUUAACCAUUGUGUUCCAUUUCCUAAAACUAGCAUCUGUACCUAUGUAUUGCUCAUGUCUUCCACAGCAGUGAAGUUUGAAUUGCGUCUGUAUUGUUUGCAUGGUUACUGAAAAAUAAAGUAAGAAUGGUUACUAAGA